AUGGAAUGGAAAAUGAUAGUAUUUUUACUUUUACCAUGUUGUUUUCUUUUAAUAUCUGGAAAUACAUUAAAAAAGAGUAGACAAAUUUUCAAAAGCAGUAGAAUAGAUAAUACAAUGGAAGUAUCCGAUUUUUCAGUAUACUACGAUAUUGACACUAAUGAGACCAUAAGAAAAAUGAUGCCUCGUCCUUGGUAUCAGCCUGGUUGGUUACUUCGUUUUCCAUUCCGGGGUGGAAAGUGCGUCUGCGAAGAAUUAAAAUGCACUUGCUGUACCGGAGUACGGAUUCCCGCCUUUAAUUUUGACAGGCGAACAUGUGCAAUAUUGACAUACGAGCCAACGGAAACAAUGAUCGACUUGGAGGUUAAGAUGAACAACGAAACUGUUUUAAGAAACUCUUAUUCAGCCCGCAACCCACCACCUUUUUGCGUGCCGAUUCCAGUGCCAUACCUACCUCCUGGCCUAGUAGAUAUGUGUGUGCGGCUUUUUGAUAUAAAAAUCGUGGAUCAAAAACUGCACGUUUGUAUGGAUAUGGACACUAGGAUAGACAAAGCACCAGUUGUUGUGCUACAUUUCGAUUGUAUGGACAUGGGAUUUAACGGCGUUGGUCUAUCAAAGCCCAGUGGCAGCACUAACAUAUCACCUGGUUUGGUUGAAGGUGCAUCUAGCAGCACUGAGUCAACCCAAGUAGCCUACGAUAUUUUCGAUCCUAUUACCGAUACUCAACCCACCACGGAAGCUAUGUUUACUAACACAGUGAAAUAUAUUUAG